AAGCGCACCAACUAACGAGGCUGACUUGACGUACAGUUCUGUGCUGGGGGAGACGCGUACCUCAAGUUAGGAUUGCUGUGGGCAGCUGUGGAGCUGUCGGACUGAUUGAAGCGGUUGGCCUUGCUUCACUCCUUGAUGAGGUGCCAGACACUCUGGCCCAGAAGAUGAGCAUGGCACAGCUGGCUCGGUGCCAGUCUCCACUGCCCACCCUCCGAGAGCCCAGUCGCAGUCGCAGUCGCAGCAGCAGCAGCAGCAGCAGUAACCGUAGCAGCAGUAACCGUAGCAGCAGUGGCAGCCUCAGUCUCAGCAGCGCUAGCGCUUCGUGUCUCCAGGCCCACUGAGAGCUCACCAUGCUGUCGGGCAGCUGGCGCCGCUCGGGCCCCGCCGCCCUGGGCCGAGGCUCGGUCAGCUCGCCGAUCGGCGGCGGCGGCGCCGGCAACGGCAACGUGCUGCUGGAGGCCCAGUACGACUACUCGUACCGGGGCGCCGACGGCCGCUACGUGGCCAUCCGCGAGGGCGAGCGCUUCCUGCUCCUGAGGAAGACCAACGCCGACUGGUGGCAGGCGCGGCGGAUCGGCGCCGGGCUCAAGGGCAAGCCCGUCUACGUGCCCGCCACCUACGUGGUGGAGCUGCCCAUCACCACGCUGCACUCGCCCCAGCCCCACACGGGCAGCCUGAACCAGAAGGCCUCGGGCAACAAGAUGCCGCCCAGGGCCUCCUUCGGCUCCUUCACACAGGCACAGGCACAAUGCGCAGUGCCCAAACAGUUCUGCCGCUCCAUGGAGGACCUCAACUACAACGGUGCCUUCACGGGUGCGGGCGUGAUGGCGGGCUCGGUGGGCGGCCGUUUCCCCACCCUGCCCCUGCCCGUCGGCUCCCACUCCUCGUUCACGUCGCCCUCCGGGCACCUGAUGGUCCCGGGGGGGCAGCUGUGCACCACCAACUCGGGGCCCAUGCCACGCAGCAAGAGCUCCACCAACCUGCCCCAGAACCCCUACGGGGAGAUCGGGGUGACCCUCAUCGGCUGUGGCACCAACGUCACCGGCCCCGCCAAGUCCUACAGCUACUGGGACAUGGCAGUGCCCGAGCGCCGGUUCAGCCAGCAGGUCCACAGGCCCCACGGCCUGCUGGAGUCUCCCGGCUACAGCACCUUGCAGUCGGGCCGGAGAUCGCAACCUGCGCCUCCGAGCCCCCCUCCGGGCCAGCCUCCGCUGCAGGUGCUGGACCUGUGGGAGCAGUACCGUGACCCGAUCUCGGGCCGCGCCUUCUACGUCAACACGGUCACCAAGGAGAGGUCGUGGAAGCCGCCCCGCCGAGCCAAAGAACGCCAGCGCGCCCCCAGCCUGGCUUCGCCCAUGCCGACGCUCCCACGCGACACCACCCAUCUGUCUCUUCCUCUGCCAGAAACGGGCAACGGCGCCAUGCACAGGCUGUCCCCUGAUUUUAUUCACAAUUCACAUGAUGCAAAUGGUGGCUGGCAGCUGAGACAGAGCAUGCAGCGUGCGGUUUCUUCUGACACCAUAAACUCCUCCUCUUCCUCUGCGGGCGGCGCCCAGUGGCGGACCUCCCCGCUCUUCAGGGGGCGAGACCAGAUGAGCCACUCCCACUCCAUGAUCCUGCCCGAAUCCUCCCCAAACCACAAGCAGCUGAAGGACUACCAGAUGACCCAUGUGCUGGUGGAGCCCCCAUCACCGGCCAGCUCCCCCGACAGCUUGGACAGCGUGAGCCCAGAACUUGAGAAAGCUGGUUUGCUGAAUAAGACCAAGAUUGCGGAGGGAGGGAGGAAACUCAGGAAGAACUGGAACCCGUCGUGGGUGGUUCUCGUGGGGAACAGCCUGGUGUUCUUUAAAGACCCCAAGACACAAAGCCCUGCCAGCUGGAGGCCGGGGAACAGUCGGCCGGAGAGCAGUGUUGACUUGAGGGGAGCUCAGCUGCAGUGGACUGAUUCUCUCUCCAGCAGGAAGAAUGUCUUUAAGCUGAGGACGAUCACAGGCAAUGAGUUCCUGCUCCAGUCAGACACAGAGUCGGUCAUUAAAGAGUGGUACGGCACCAUCCAAAAGGUCAUCAACAGACUGGACCUUGAGAACCCUCUGGAUAACGUGCUGCUGUACUCCAUAAGGAGAGCUGGCAGUGUAGAGAUGCUGGACCAAAGUGGGGAUGAGGACGACACAACUCGCAGUGGGAGGAAGGCCUCAUUGCCCCGCUCCAGCUCCAACCUGGAGAACACGGAGAGGAAGCGCGUGCGCAGCCGCCUGAAGAAGCUCAUCCUGAAGAGACCGCCCCUGCACACGCUGCAGGAGAAGGGCCUCAUCAAAGAUCAGGUGUUUGGCUGUAAGCUGGAGAUGCUGUGUGAGAGGGAGAGCAACACGGUGCCGCGCUUCGUCAGGAUGUGCAUCGACUCCGUGAACCGGCGAGGGCUGGAGACAGAUGGAAUCUACCGUGUCAGUGGAAAUCUGGCGACCAUCCAGAAGCUGCGUUAUGCUGUCAACCACGAGCGGGCGGUGACCACAGAUGGACGCUACCUCUUUCCACAGGAUUUGGUGCAAGAAGAGAAGUUGAACCUGGACCAUCCGCAGUGGGAGGACAUCCACGUGGUCACGGGCGCCCUCAAGCUCUUCUUCAGGGAGCUGCCCGAGCCGCUCAUCCCCUACGGCUUCUUCCACGACAUCGUCGAGACAGUCAAAAUGUCCGACUAUUUGGAUAAGGUGGACCGUAUGAAAUGCCUGGUGGCCAGCAUGCCUCCACCCAACCAAGACACUAUGAAGGCCAUGUUUCACCACCUCAAAAGGGUGAUGGAGAACUGCGACGUCAACCGCAUGUCGACUCAGAACAUCGGCAUCGUGUUCGGUCCGACCCUGAUGAGACCGGAGCAGGACAACGGGAACAUGGCCAUCAACAUGGUCUACCAGAACCAGGCCGUGGAGGUCAUCCUCAGCGAGUGCGAUCGGAUCUUCGGGACCGAGCCCACGGGCUCCCACUGACACGGGCUCGCGGAGCGCAGGAAGCACAGCGUGCAGGCGAGAGGACGUGAGCUGGGACUGGGAACGGGACUCUGAGCCAACUCACUGUGAACUUCUUCAAAACCCCCUCAAGUCCUACAGAAGGUGUGGAUGUCCUCCAGUGUGUGUGUGUGUGUGUGUGUGCGUGUGUAUGUGCGCACGCGUGUGUGUUUGGGAUGGGCACGUUUUUUUUUUGUUUGUUUGUUUGCUGUCCAGCAGACAGCGCGCAGAGUGUCGUUGGACCGUCGGACCGUCGGACCUCUCCUCCAGAUGGCGGGCGGUCUUGACCUCCCCGCUCGCCCGGCUCUGCUUCCCAGAAGAUGCCGGAUUGCCGAGAAUCACCCGCCACAUCCACGCAGCCGUCAACAAAAUUGUCGUAAAUUUUUGAACCGGCAAACAUUUGAUCCCCGCAUGUGUGACGGGUCAUAUAACUAUUUGACGGGUCUUAACUAUGGACAGAGAAGGUUAGGGAAUUGGACAGUCCUACUCCUCCCAAACCCCACACCCAGAUCCACAGUCCUGCAUACCAUGCACACUUAUCUAUCCAAAGCAACGCUGGGGACAGGGACCAUGUGUGUAUUAUGAGCAUGUGUCCCACCCUGAGAAACAAACCACUUGACCUUGGCAUGGCUAGCACCUUCCUCUACUGCUAGGGCGACAGGAAGACACACUUGUUGCACCGUUUAAUCUAUAUGAACGAUCAGAUUUAAACGUAUACAUAUACCUGUUACUCAAUAAUAGCGUUAUGCAAGCACAUUAGGCAAAUAGUUUCUGAGUAGUUGGAUGGUAAUUCAAGCAGAGGCUUAAAAGUGAACGUCCAGUUGAACAUGAGAGAGAGAGAAAGAGAAUGUGUGUGUGUGUGUGUGAGAGAGAGAGAGAAAGAGAGAGCGAAAGAGAGAGAUGUUAAUGUUCAUCUUGUCAGACUGGAGUGCCUCCCUCUGAAACUCCAAUGAUAUGAUAAUUAUAUCAUUUCUGUACUCUUGGGGGGAAAGAAUUCUCCCUUCUCUAUCAUUGACUGCGUAAACACUGUGCCAAUCCUAAUGAGUGUUUGACUGUCUUUUAUAUUUGAGAAAUGGCAUCGUUAUUUUUGACAUCGUAAAUGUUACACCAAGUCCAUGUUACGUGAGGUGGAACGGACAUCAAACUAUCGAAAACAUAAAACGUGACAUAAAGAGGAAUUGAUGCUGUUGCCGAAAGACAGGCUUGACUGUAAACGGCCACUUUAACUGAGGAAUAGGACUAUUAAUGUUUCUAGAGUCGAGGCUUGUCCAAAGGUCUAUGUAAUCCAUCCCUGAGUAGCUUCUGGAACAUUGUUGCUCUAGUUUAGUGUAUGUGUGGGUGUGUGGUGAGAGGUUGCGUGAGAGAUACGGAAAAGUGUGGAGGUAUGUAUGCCACUUAGCGCGAGGGUGGAGCGCGCCCUUACGAUUGGCCCAAACUCUGCUUUUAAUAACAGAACAAAAGAGGAACUAGAAAUGCAUAUGUUUGAAAAAGAGCAGCUUUUUUCCCCCCUCCGCGGCUUUGGUAAUUUUAUAUUGACUGUGGCUUUGGCAGGACACAAAAAAGAUCGAGGGAGAAGAAAAGAAGAGGGGAAAGAAGAAAGUGUAGAAGUAUUUUAAUGUUUGAUUUUUAUAUAUUUAUUCAUUUUUUAUUUUCUUAUUAUUUCAAGUCCCAAGAGUUUGGAGGGUGAGAGGGGGGAUGUGGGGAGAGAAGGAGGGGUUGUUGGGUUGGUGGCACUGAAGUAGCUCCAAGAUACAGCUGACUGGAGUCGUAUAGAUGAAUUUGUUUUGCUGGCGAUGAAAAAGAAAAUAUGUCAAUUCCCGUGCAUUUAUGUGCAGUGCCUGCCAUCCCCCUCUCAACACACACACAGACAGACACGCACACACACACACACACACACACACACACACACACACACACACACACACACACACACACACACAUUCCCCCACUCGCACCCUUCCUCCCCCCUCCAUUUAAUUAGAGUGCCAGUGAUUCUGGCAUUGCCCUCAUUGGGUAAAAAUAAUUAUGCUGUACCUCAACAACCUGCAAUUAGCAUGUAUACCGAGUGCCAGUCCCCACAUGGCAACUUUCAAAUUUGUCCCAAAGGUUAGUGGCCAUGGUGAUUUAUGAUUUCUGUUGUUUGUCUGCGUUGUUUGUGUUGGUAUUGUAGUUAUUGCGUUCUCAGAGAUUGUAAAGCCAGAUUUGUUUGUUUUUUUUUUCUUCUUUUUUUUCUUUACUUGUAUAAUAACCAUUCUUAUAGUAUACAGUGUAAAAAAGAAGGCUUUUGUACAAAGCAACCUUUCCAUUGUAUGAAAUGAUGAAAUGUCUUUCAGGAAAAAAAAAUAUUUUUUAAGAACUGCUCAUCUCAUUCUUGCGCCCCUUGUAAAUGUUUUCCUUUUGUCUCUUUCCAAAUUCUGUAAUUUGAGAGAUUUAUGUGACAAUAAAGAAAUCUCCCAAUUGCAGUCAA